CUUAUCAGCCGCAGGGCCUUCUGGGAGAAUAUUGCGGUGUCGGAGACAUUUUGGAUUUAAAGGGGCUGAGCUAGCCGUCAGUCCUAGCUCUUGGUUUCCCUAAUCUUACAUAGAAUAUGUCCAUCAUGGUGUAUCCAAGAGAAGAGAAGCUGGAGAAGCUUACUCAGGAAGAGAUCAUCUCCAACACCAAGCUGGUGAUCCAGGGUCUGGAGGCCCUGAAGAACGAGCACAACUCCAUCCUCCACAGCCUCCUGGAGACCAUCAAGUGCCUAAAGAAGGACGAGGAGGCCAACCUGGUGCACGAGAAGUCCAACCUGCUCCGCAAGUCCGUGGAGAUGAUCGAGCUGGGCCUGGGAGAAGCGCAGGUGAUGAUGGCCCUGUCCAACCACCUGAACGCGGUGGAGUCGGAGAAGCAGAAGCUGCGUGCGCAGGUGAGGAGGCUCUGCCAGGAGAACCAGUGGCUGCGCGACGAGCUGGCCAACACCCAGCAGAAGCUGCAGAAGAGCGAGCAGAGCGUGGCCCAGCUGGAGGAGGAGAAGAAGCACCUGGAGUUCAUGAACCAGCUCAAGAAGUACGACGAGGACGUCUCGCCCACUCAGGAGGAGAAGGACCGAGAAACGCCAAAGGACUCCCUGGACGACCUCUUCCCCAACGACGAGGAGGAGCACGGGCAAGGAAGUCAGCACCAACACAACAGUGCGGCGGUGGCAGCGGCUCAGCAGGGGGGCUACGAGAUCCCCGCCCGCCUGAGGACCCUGCACAACCUGGUGAUCCAGUACGCCUCCCAGGGCCGCUACGAGGUGGCUGUCCCUCUCUGCAAGCAGGCUCUGGAGGACCUGGAGAAGACCUCUGGACACGACCACCCCGACGUGGCCACCAUGCUCAACAUCCUGGCCCUGGUCUACAGGGAUCAGAACAAAUACAAAGAGGCCGCCCAUCUGCUCAACGAUGCCCUGUCCAUCCGUGAGAAAACCCUGGGCAAAGAUCACCCCGCUGUUGCUGCGACGCUGAACAACUUGGCUGUGCUGUACGGAAAGAGGGGGAAGUACAAGGAGGCCGAGCCGCUGUGCAAGAGGGCUCUGGAGAUCAGAGAGAAGGUCCUGGGGAAGGACCACCCAGAUGUGGCCAAGCAGCUGAACAACCUGGCUCUGCUCUGCCAGAACCAGGGCAAGUACGAGGAGGUGGAGUAUUACUACUGCCGGGCCCUGGAGAUCUACGAGAGCAGGCUGGGGCCAGACGAUGCCAACGUGGCCAAGACCAAGAACAACCUGGCGUCCUGCUUCCUCAAACAGGGGAAAUACAAGGAGGCUGAGAUUCUGUACAAAGAGAUUCUGACUCGUGCUCAUGAGAAAGAGUUUGGAUCUGUUGAUGCUGAGAACAAGCCCAUCUGGAUGCAUGCAGAGGAAAGAGAGGAGAGCAAGGGCAAGCACAGAGACAACACUCCCUACGGAGAGUACGGAGGCUGGUACAAGGCCUGCAAAGUCAACAGCCCGACAGUGAACACCACCCUGAGGAACCUGGGGGCCCUGUACCGCCGGCAGGGCAAGCUGGAGGCUGCUGAGACCCUGGAGGAGUGCGCUGUGAGGUCUCGCAAGCAGGGCAUCGACCCCAUCCACCAGACUCGUGUGGUGGAGAUCCUGAAGGAUACAGACGGCGACAGGCGGAGGAGCAGGGAGAGCCUGAGCAGCGUUAAAUAUGAGAGUGGCUCUGAGACCGGAGAGGAAGUGAGUAUGGGGGCCGAUUGGAAUGGGGACGGCAGCGGGGCUCUUCAGCGCAGCGGCUCUCUGGGGAAGCUCCGGGACGUCUUGCGGCGCAGCAGCGAGCUGCUGGUGAAGAAACUGCAGGGCAACGGGCCGCCUGAGCCUCGCAGCACCAACAUGAAGCGCGCUGCUUCCUUGAAUUACCUGAACAAAACCAGUGAUGACCCGUUCCAGACUCGGGGAGUUCGUAAUUUGAAGGAGAGCCGGGGCCUGAGCUCCAGCACUGUGGAUCUCUACACCGGAAACUGAGCAGCAGGUUUCUGAUCAGCUGAUCUGUUCCCGAUCCAAAGAGGCUCUGACCUUUGGCUCGUUCUCUGAGCUGUAAUGAUCACAACAACACUACCAGACAGACUCCAUCACACUGCCUUCCUCUGCUUGUUAGCAUCCGACCCCAAGACCCACAUCCUCCUGAGUUAAGACCCAAAGACAUGUUCGGUCAUCAACACAUUUGGUGUGUUUUCUUUCCAGUUUGUUUUUAAACCAGGUUGUUUCCUUUUGGUCUUCCAGAGAAAGAUUGAUGUAUUUUCCCCUCAUCGUGUUCCUAGCAAUGGUGAUGCCUCAGUGCCUCCUAAAUAUGGCCGAGAAAAUGUACCUCAUCUCUCCCCUUAUUCAUCAUCUGUGACUCUGCACUUUGACUGCAAACGUUGCCAUAUUGUCUCCUGCUCCUGUAAAUGUCUCCCUAUGUUGUGUGACUUGAGAUCCUUGAUUGUCUUCCUGUGCCAUAGGUCUAAAUUAGAAAAGAAAUACGUUGUACAUUUCUAUUUUCUCACAAACUAGUUAUAAUAAAUAGGCCUGGUGGCUAUGAAAUGAUAUAAUGUAAUAUUAUGACAAAUCAUUUUAUUUUUAUUUUAAUGAUUUUGCCUAUUGAGAUUUAUUUGCAAUGCGAGGUGUUGGUUAAAGCUUUGGGAAACAGGGUGACUUGUUUAUCUUACUGACAUGAGUUGAGUCAUGUGACUUGUUUAGGGUAAUUUUAUACAAUAGAAAUUGAUGCUGCUUUUAUCUCCAAGUGUGUUUUUCUGCAUUGCAGAGAAAAUGUAUUUGAGGCAUUUAUGGUCUGUAAAAGACAACAAUGAAAAUGCUCAGCUUUUUUAUUGUAUAUACAAAAAUGACGAGGAUGAACCAGGUUUCUUAAUGAAUAAUGGUCACCCUGAAUGAUCUCCGGUGCCAUACAGAUUAGAGCUGCUAACUGUGAGCACAUCCUCUUAUAAUGUUGUUUACAGUGAUUAGAAUGUGUGAUACAUUUCUAGUGAUGUGAUAAUUAUAGGUUUUUGCACAAUUCUCAGAUCGGUUUCUUCUGACUAUGAUUUCAUUUUUUAGUGAAGCACAAGAAAACUGGAAUGUCUUGUAAUUAUAAUUGUUUUGAUAAAUGUUUUUUCUUUUUAUUAUUUGUAAUCAACGUGUUAGAAUCUGAUCACAAAUCAUAGAAUUCAUCAGUAAAUCAGUGUCAUUGUUGGUAAGAGUUGAAUGUGUGUCUCAUAUGUCAUGAAUAGUCUGAUGGAAAAUUGGAACCACUCUGAUCAUGAAAAUUAAACCAACAAUGUUCUAUUUUA